UGCAGACGAGUAAAAACUAUCUCUGUGUCAAGCCUGUUUUCUUGAUGUCUUUCCUGGGUCUAUUCAAAGAUUAAUUAAAUAACAGUAUAAGUGAGAAACUAGGAGUCUGAGUUUAGACCCAACAUUUCUCUGGUGCCGAAACCCGGGACCCAAGAACCCGCCGGUUUGGGACGACACGGGACCAACGGGACCACUUAGAAUAGAAAAUCUGUCGACAGUCUCCGCCUUUGCAUCGGGGGGUCCAUACCUUGUGUCCGUGUCGGUCCGGAUCGUCGGUGACGGGUCCCGCCGAGCCAGGGCAGACAUCAAAUAGGUAAGAAAAAUUCUCCUAACACCACAAUUGUUGUCUGAAGUAAUGACCUGAGGCCGUUGGGACGCCAAUGUAAAAAUACUAUUUAACGUGCCAAAUAGUAAGCCAGAAGGGUGACAAUGUACCGUCACCAGUAAGCAGGUCCAGUGCUAUUUAACGUGCCAAAUAGCAAAUAACGGGGGCAACGUGCCGUCCCCAAAGGUGACAACGUGCCGUCACUAAAAACAAAAAGUAGUAGGACACAAUUGUUUGGUGUUUGGAGAAGUGAACAAAUAACUGGAAGAGAUUAAAGGCUGGCACAGAUGUGAGAUAAAGGUUUUUGUGGUUAUGGUAUUGAGUUGUAUGUGAUACGGCAAAGUAGACAAAAUUAAGUACAGUAUAAAUUGUUUCUGAAAAUUGUGAAUUUGGUUGUUAACAAUACUUAGUGUUUGUAUGUAUCAAAUUGAGGAAAACUAAAAAGAGGAAGUUGAAUUGUUAAGUGUGUAGGUCUCAGGACCGCGCCCUAAAUCAUAUGAUUUUUCUGUUUAAGUGUAUGUGAACGGUAGAAAAGCAUUGUUGUUUUAUUGCUGUUUUGUUGCUGUUUUUUGCUACUGUUUUACUGCUGUUUUAUCAAUGUUUGAUGCUGAAAUGUCGCUGUUUUAUUAACUGCAUGCUGUUGAGAGAGUGAUAAAGCUGUUUAACCGCCCGCCGAGGCGCACAUACACGAACAUACACACACACAUCGAGACAGUUCAAAAGAGGAAGUGAAGAAUUCACACACACACACACCUCUAGACACACACACACAGUCAGUAUUAGAAUAAAGGCAAAUAGAGACAGCUAGUAAGUAAGCAGGAAAAUGGGUAAUGCUCAGAGGAAAGCGAUAGAGGGAUCAGAUGAUGUUAAGUUUAUGCAACCACAGCAUCCUGGUUCCACGUGCAGAUUAGAAGAGUGGGUAAAGAAGUAUGAUUUCAAAGCAAAGCUUUCUGAAUAUGAAGACAUAGUCAGAGUAGAAAAGGAAUUGGGUGAGAAAAGGAAAGGAAAGUUGUUAAGAGGGAAACAGAGUAGAGUAAGACAGCUUGAAGAUGAUUUGAGGUUAAUCAGAGUGUGGAAAACGGCCAGCGCUAAACGCAUGGCUCAGAGACAGGCAAAGCAAGACAAAAAACAGGAAGUACUGGCAGCGCAGUGUAAGAUACACCCUGAGCAUGAGACAGUUGGAGGGAGAAUGGGACGUAGACAGGAAGAACAGGCUGCUGGAGGCAGGGAGGCGGAGCUGAGCGAAGAAGAAGAAAUAACAAGCCCCACAGCGCCCCCACCCUAUGAGAGCACCAGCACACCAGUAUCAGGACACACACGCUUAGCAGAUUUGAGAAGAAAAAUGCAAGGAACCCCUAUUACCUCACAUGGCGUUUCAGGCACCCACAAUUCAUUCCUAGACGCAAUAGCGACACCCACAGGUCCCCUGUACCCACCAUUGCCACCAGUCGUAACGCCACCUAGCCUCAAAACAUCUGAUCCUUCCUUCCCUAAUCGGUCUAGAGACCCCAACACAGAGAACACUUUCACCAUGCCCAUGUUUGAAGUAGCCCAUCCAAGAGCAGGAGAAGUACAAAAUGAUGUGAUAACCCCCAGCCACAUGUUAGUUUACAGACCAUGGACUGAGACUGAAUGCUUAGAAGCCUGCAAGGGUUAGGAUCAGUUGAAGACAAUGCCAUAGCAUGGUGUGAGAACUUCAUGGCCCUCCAAGAAACAUGGCACCUGAAUGGAGCUGAAGUUAACAAAGUCCUACAAAUAAGUCUGGGACCACGCCUAGGCAGAGUGAGAGGUAAUUGGAACCCAAGAGAUGUAGGAGGCCAGCCCUUAGCCCACAAAGAAGAAACAACCCUGACCACAGAGAAAGGUCACACGGCCCCAUAGAGAUUAUUAAGAUGAAUGACGCCAGGGCAAGAUAGGGAAACAUAAAUCCUUUUCAGCAGAUCCCUAAACUUAUUCUGAAACUGAUGAUGAAACCUUUUCCAAAAAAGCCUUACGAGAUGCCACUCGCCCAGUAUUCCAUGCCAAUAGUGAAAAAGUUGAACUAGGUGAAACACAAGAAGAACCAAUAGUAGUGAUAAAUUUAAGCGCAUGCGCAGUAAUGACCAACCCGGAGAAACAACAUCCUAUGAGAACUUUAUUGGUAGGUCCAAAAAGAACCCCAGUGCAGUUUUUAUGCGACACCGGAGCUGACGCAACCGUCGUCUCCGCUAAAGUACCAGGCCUGAACCCUAGCGCAAAAACGCUUUGUAUUAUAGGAGCUAGUGGAAUGCCAACAUUAGCUCAGUGGUCAAAAAGGAUUGACUUACAAGAUGAGGAUGGUACAGUAGUUACAGCCUCAGUAAUCCUAAGUCCCGAGUGUCCCAUCAAUCUUUUAGGGAGAGACAUGCUUCUAAAGUUAAGGUUAAGCCUAGUGUCCACCCCUGAAGGAAUGAAAGCCAGAAAACUACCAGAAGAAGAGGUCAAAGGAGCCUGGGUCCAACAGUCCCAUAGCAUCCCCAACACAUUUUACUCAUUUGACCCCACUGAAGAGGGGCCUGGAUCAAUUACCACCAAAAUCAGGAACAUGGCUGAGCAGCUGCGCACUAAAUCCUCGAGAUCAGAGCCCCAACGAGAAUACCCCCUCCACAUUACAGUCAAUUUCCAACGAGGAGGAGGGCCACCUCCCGAGGACUGGCUGAGAUGGUUCAACAGACAAGGCCCAACUAGAGUGACUAUAAAAGAACUCCUGAUCACCGAAACAGGCUGGGCUGUAGCCACAGUAAAACUCCCAGAAGAUGUCCAAAGCAAAACCCUGACGCACCAACCCCAUGUGUCCCUCUGGAAACCAAAAGACAUCAUUCCCCAUGACGUCUUGAAAGACAUGCAAAACAGUUCCCCUCCUUCAGAAAUCAGCCGAUGGCUACUAGAAGGCGCACAACCUGAUGACAAUGGACUCUAUAGAGUGGCAGGCAAAUUGUGUCUGCCAAGAGCGUUGUUUCCAGCUGUAGCUAAAUUGAGCCAUGGGCGGAGCCAUAUCUCAAACAGGAGGGGUGGUAUCCAUAGUGGGGGAAACACAUGGUCUAAUUACCUAUUUAAAACUUUUUGUAGAAGCUGUCUCACAUGUUGCAGACACAACAUACAGGGUAAUGCUAGGCCAAAACGCGGACAAACACCACAAGGCACAUAUCCAUUUGAGAUUGUACACAUGGAUUUCAUUGAGUUACACAGAAGCGGGACAUAUAAAUACUGCUUAGUGUUGAUUGAUUCAUUUUCAAAGUGGGUAGAAGUUGUGCCCUCCAAAACAAAUGACGCGCUCACAGUGGCAAAAGCCAUCUGCAAACACAUAGUACCGUCACACGGCAUUCCAAAGAUACUGUGGAGCGACAACGGUAGCCACUUCACUAAUAGUAUAGUGAAAGUCAUGUCAAAUCACCUAGACAUUGACCUUAAGUUCCACUGUGCAUAUCACCCACAGAGUGCAGGACUAGUGGAAAGGACAAACGGCACAAUCAAAGCUAGGCUUAGGAAAACAAUGGAGGAAACAGGGAAACCAUGGCCUGAGUGCCUUAGCCUAGUUAAGACAUACAUGCGCAUCACACCAAACAACACAGGAUGUACACCAUUCGAGAUAGUGACAGGAAGACCAUUUCACUUGCCCCUAGUGGUAGACCCAUUAGUGCAGGAUCAAGAAGGUGAAGUUGACCCUAUCACUAAAUGGUUGUGUGAACUGUUUAAAAAACAAGACGUUAGAAGAGCAAAUGAUCUGCCUAGUACUCCUUUGUCUCCCACACAGACUCUGCUGACACCAGGAGACUGGGUUCUGCUCAAGGUGAUCAAGAGAAAGUAUUGGCACAGCCCGAGGUGGGACGGUCCGUUUCAGGUUCAACUGACCACGCCCACCGCCAUUAAGGUAACAGAACGAGACACGUGGAUCCACCAGUCACACACUAAAAAGGCGGUCAUUGGCAUUAUCAAGGUCCAAUAUCAGCAGCUGAACCAACAGGACGGAAAAACCCCAGACCUCUAUCCCAUUCCCGAUUACGAGCUUGACGACGACAGUUAUGUGUAAAGCCCACACAUCCUGUCCACCUAUCCUGGUCCCCACAUGCACACGACGCUGAGGGUCUGUGCCACCGGUGAGGGCAUGUGCUAGUAACCUCUGCCCUCCACUAACCCUAAUCCUUUCCCCAUCAUGUUUUCCCAUUCCUAAAGAGACUGAUCCAGAUGACGGACUGGCCAAGAGGCGAUCGUUUCCAAGCGGAAAGGUCGAGUGGGAAUUUUUCCCUUCAUUAUAAGUGCAGAAGGGUUUUCGCCCACUCCUGUCCAAGCAUCACCUGUUGUACAGUUUGUUAAAUGACAGUCAUGAAUUAAAUUCUCCUUCGGAGAACAUUUAUGUCUCGAUGUGAAGAAUCUAUGUAUACGCUCUAGGUUCCCAAAACUCACAACAGGAGGGAUAUGUAGAAGCUAUUUUUGCAUAGAGAAUGUUUUAUAU